AUGCCUGCAGAAAUAUUACUGAGUAGAGGGAUACUUAAACUACAAAAUAAGGAAAUUCCUUGUUUCCAGACUACUACAAACAGCAAAUGUCGUAGAGUUACGGCGGCAGACAAUUACGAAAUUCCACUGUUCAGCGAAAGAGUUAUACGGGCCUUUGUUGAGAGAUCUGAAGAUCCCAAUGAACAAAAGGAGUUAUUAAUUGAGCCGUCAGAACUUUUCGCUGAACGAUACGAACUUCAUAUGGCAAAUACUCUUGUAGAUAUUAAAAACAAUACUACCGUACCUGUUAGACUACUCAAUCUUACCAAUACGGAACAGUGUAUCCAUCGAGAUGCUGUUAUAGGUGUAGCAGAUGAAUUUAUACAUGAUGUUCAACUUCCUACAGGUGGAAUAAAGAAUCCAGACACUUCUACCUUGUCGAUCAGAGACGUUACUGAAAUUGACACAAGAGAAGUUAAAGAAUUGCCAGGCAAUAUGAAAGAUUUGUAUAGCAAUGCUGUUGAAAAUAAUGAUUUUGACGACUUGUCCAAAGAAAAAAAUUAUAAUUUACUUUGUGAAUACAGUGAUGCUUUAUCUAAAGAUGACUUAGAUUUGGGAUAUACUACAGUGACCGAACACGAAAUAGAUACUGGUGAUAGUAAGCAGAUAAAAUUGCCACCAAGAAGAGUGCCUCUCGCCUACGCUGAUGCAGAAUUUCUAUUUAUAAAAGAUAUGGAAAAACAGGGUAUCAAUCAGAAGUCUAAUUCUCCAUGGGCGCCCCCUUUAAACGUAGUCAUGAAGAAAAGUGGAAAGGUCAGACCAUGUAUCGAUUAUCAAAAGGUGAAUGAUGUAACUAAAAACGACGCCCAGAAUACAAGAUUGUCUUGA